CGAAACACGAGCGAGGGAAAUUGAGUCGCCAACGAGUGUGAAGACGGCAACAAAUAUAAAGUUAUGAAGUAGUCUAAUUUCGUGUUAAAUUGUUCUUUUAUAGUAAUAUAACAGACCGAGUCCCUUCAUCUAGCUAAUUUAGGCAAUAUAACAACCAAGCGAUAACUGCAGCGUCUGAGCGCGUGUGUUUAUGUGUUUAUUGUUGUAUGUAUUAAGGAAGCUAAUGUUAGCCAGCUAGCCAAGCGUAGAAAAGUCACCACACGUUUACUGGCAACUAAAUAUACGUACGUUUAGCGCUAAGUUGUACUUUAGAAAAGUGAGGUUUGUUGUGUUGUUAGCAGCUGUUGGGAAUGUCACCACCUCCAUAUGGUCGCAGGAGUCAUGCGGGGUCAUCAACAAACAUAUCAGAGAGCGAUUCAGAGGACGAGCCGAAGCUCCCCCUCAAUCAAUUUUAUCCAUAUAUCCGCUGUGCCCUUUGCUGCGGCUUCCUCAUCGAUGCCACCACCAUCACAGAGUGCCUGCACACAUUUUGCAAAAGCUGCAUCGUGAAGCACUUUUUCUAUAGCAACAGGUGUCCCACCUGCAGCAUUGUAGUCCAUCAGACACAGCCACUUUACAACAUAAGGCCUGACAGACAACUGCAGGAUAUCGUUUACAAAAUGGUUCCCUUCCUGGAGGAGCUCGAAAGAGAACAAAUUAAUAAAUUCUACAAAGAGAGAGGGCUGGAUGUGCCAAAAACAGUUGUGGUCUCCCCUCCUGGUCCUGUUGUGUUAAGGAGGCAGAAGAAGGAUAACAUUCCCCAGUCUGUGUUCACCAUUCCUCCUGAACUGGACGUUUCUCUGCUGCUGGAUUUUGUUGGGGCAGAAGAGGGCAUCAGUAACUAUAAGCCAUUAGAGAGGCGGUAUGUUCGUGUGUCAGGCGAGGCCACUAUCCGCCACGUGGAGCUGUUCAUCAGGAGGAAGAUGGAGCUGAGCCCAACCUGCCAGGUGGAUGUGGUUUGUGGAGAUCACCUCCUAGAUCACUACCAGUCUCUCAAAGACAUUCAGAACUCUGUUGGCGAAGAGGCGUUACAGGAUGGUCUGUUGGUGCUGCACUUCGGCUUGGUCCUGCCCUCCCAGUCUUGACUACAAGAGAUGGAUAGACUUUGUUUCUCUUUAUCAGACUCAUCAUAAUGUGGAGUAAAAGUUCUACGUUAGCAUUAUAACUGCUCCGCAACUUAAAUGGAACUACGAAGUGUAACAGUGAUGUAAAAUGUAACCCUGAACUCCACUGUUCACACUAUAGCAUUACAUUUUUCAUCUUGUUGUCAGGGAAACACAUGUCCCUGCUGGACAUGCAUUUGAUUUACUGAAGUGCCAGCAUGUAAAAGUGAAUUUUACUUGAUGAAUGAAAAUUACACAUCUAUUUCUACUGCCAAGGUAUCUUUUUAGGUAUCGUUCAGUGUGCUUCUGCUCCACACAAGAAUGUGACUGCUGCUGUAGCUAAAACUGGAAUGAAAUACUGUUAGUGAGUCUUGAACUGCUCAAAUUUCACAGUAAGUCUGUGAAGGCAAUACAUGCCUGAAAAGCUGCAUCAGUGUAGUUUACCUCUUUUUUUUGGAAACCAGGGACAAACAUCUUAAUUUUUUUCUAUUUAUGAUUUUAAGGGCUGACUGUGAUUUCAGAUAACUGGUUUAAAGGGCUUAAACAAAAGUACCACUGCCAAAGGUUUGUGCGUGUUUAUAUAGAGUAUCUUUAAAUACAGCUUGCUUCUUGUUGAUUUACACAUUUAAUUUAAAGUCUAUAAUUUGUAUAGACUGCUGAUAUAAACUGAUUUAGUUGACUUGAUAAAACAUGCUUUCAGUACAACUCACCGGAGCACUAAAGCAGUUAUUUAAAGGGAGUUUGCAGAAAGACGUCUGUGAUAUGUUCUCUUAUACCUUUCCUACUUGCUUUUGUCACAAUGAAUUAAUAAAUGACUGCACAACUAA